GCGCAUGCUCCGCCCCUUCAGUCGUUAGCAUAGCGGGCUAACAGCCGGAGCGUGUAAUGGCGGCCUCGGUUUUACUGGGGUCUGCGGAAAGCACCGGACUCAACUUCACGGUCGGAGCCGGUGGGAAUUCUCUUCAAGGAAACUCUAACGGACUGGGCCAGGCCGGUCCGGCGUCCUGGAACCGCUCCCUGGACCGGGCUCUGGAAGAAGCCUCCGUUAGCGGCUGUCUGAACCUCAGCGGCAGGAAGCUGAAGGAGUAUCCCCGGAGCGCUGCCAACCACGACCUGACCGACACCGUCCGGGCUGAUCUGUCACGGAAUCGCCUGUCGGAGCUUCCGCUGGAGGUCUGUGGCUUCGUCUCUCUGGAAUAUCUGAACCUGUACCAGAACUGUCUGAGGUCUCUGCCGGAUCUUCUCGUAAAUCUGCAAGCUUUGACCCAUCUGAACCUCAGUCGGAACCAGCUGUCCGUCCUCCCAGCUGUCGUCUGUAGCCUCCCCCUAAAGGUUCUGAUCGCCUCCAAUAACAAACUUGUGUCUCUGCCAGAGGAAUUGGGCCAGCUGAGACACCUCACUGAGCUGGAUGUGAGCUGUAACGAAAUCCGGACGUUACCAUCCCAAAUAGGUCAGCUGGAGGCUCUGAGAGACCUGAACAUCAGGAGGAACCACCUGGUCCGACUUCCUUCAGAGCUGGCAGAGCUUCCUCUGGUGCGCCUCGACUUCUCCUGCAACAAAGUGACCUCCAUCCCUGUCUGUUACCGCGGCCUCUCUCACCUGCAGGCCAUCGUCCUGGACAACAAUCCACUGCAGAGCCCACCUGCACAGAUAUGUAUCAAAGGGAAGGUCCACAUCUUUAAGUAUCUGAACCUGGAAGCCAGCAAGAGCACGCCGGAGCUGCCCGAGUACGACAGACGACCUCUGACCUCCUGUGUUGAUGAGGCGUAUCAAGGGCGACCGUAUGGAGCGCUCGACUCGGGCUUCAAUAGCGUCGACAGCGGAGACAAGCGGUGGCUGGGCAACGAGGUUUCAGAGGAGCUGUCGGAGCCGGCGGUCAGAGAUCACAGACGCUCUGGACCAGGAGGAGCUGUGCUGCCCAACGGGACACCAGAUGGGGAGAUGGAGCAGAUCGACUUCAUAGACAGCUACGUGGAGGAGGAGGAGGAUGGGAAGGCUCGAGGUGACAGAAGCAGCCUCAGCUCUCAGUUCAUGGCCUACAUCGAGAGACGCAUCACCAGAGAGGGUUCUCCAGUGAAGAACAGCUUGGCCCGGGCCGAUGACAUGAGGCGACACAGCAGAAACAUGGCCGACAGCGCCUCGCCGUCUCCCACCUCCCACAGUCAGAGAGGAGCCUCUGGUUCUGCUUCUGGAGGCGUUGAGAGGAUAAGGAGGGAAGCUCAGCUCGCCGCUCUGAGGUACGACGAAGAGAGGCAGAGGAAUCGUUCUCUCCAGAGAGAUGGAGCCACCAACUAUGCCAAGAAAUCGACCCAGAGUCCAUCAAAGUCCGGUCCAGAGGCUGAGAACGUCUACCCCUCCAGACGCUCCACGCACACAGAUGACUCCGCCCUCAUCAUGCAGGGGGAGGACAGAGCCACCCUGUCUCCUACAGCCAAUCAGUCACCAUCAUAUCAAAACUUGGGGGGCGGAGCCUCCAGUCAGACAGGCAGCGUUCGUCCUGAGAGCUUCCUGUAUCGCCUUGGACAAAGAGACGAGAAAAGAAGAGGGGACCCAGCUGUUGCUCCUUCUCAGACCAAGCAGGAGGCUCCUGCGGCUCCUCCUUUGGUGGGAGAAGAUGCGGAGCUGGUGGAGCAGCUCAGGAAGAACAUUGAGUCCCGACUGAAGGUGGCGCUGCCCAGCGACCUGGGAGCCGCUCUGACGGACGGCGUGGUGCUGUGCCACCUUGCCAAUCACGUGAGGCCGCGCUCCGUCCCCAGCAUCCACGUCCCUUCCCCCGCUGUGCCUAAACUCACCAUGGCCAAGUGUCGCCGCAAUGUUGAGAACUUCCUGGAGGCGUGUCGCAGGAUCGGAGUCCCGCAGGACCGUCUCUGCUCGGUGGAGGAGGUUCUGGAAGGGAAGGGGGGUGGGCUUUAUGGGACACUACAGGCACUACUCUCAUUGGCCCCGCCCACUCUAAGCGCCUCCCUUCAGGUUCAGAUGGCCGGCUUCGCCCUCUUUUACCUGUCCAUCAUGUCGGCCCUCUGUGCCAUCUACGUUCACCUGGCGCCGCACGCCUAGAUCUGACUGGACCAGAACCGCAGUAACGAAGCCCAGUUGUUUGCACGUAGGAACAGAAGUUCUCUAGUUAAACCGUCUGAGAAGGGUCAGCCCUGCUGUUGCCUCUGUAACCUCGCUGCUCCAUCGUUAGGAGCAGCUGCUGGUUUUUACCUAAAUGAUCCUGUUAGCCCUCAGGAGAAGGUAGAACUUGUUGGCCCGUCUGUUUCCACAUCCUGCCAGUUGAAGCUCCGCCCCCUCUGUGCCUUAUGUCCACCUGCCUGUCUGAGUGUUUUCUACUGUUCUUACUGUGUGUGAAGUGGAUCAGAACCUUUCGUCCUCUCUUACAGUCAGACUGUACUAAAUCCGUGAACGUUGCUAGAAUCAGAACUCUGCUGCUUGAAUUGGACACCAAGUCUUUGCUAAUGUCCUCUUUGCUGCUCACCGUUGGUUCUGCUAAGAGCCUUCCAUUACCGAGCAGUGGAUAAAAACCCAGAACGCUCCGGUGAUCAGAACUUUUUGUUCUAGUAAUGAGUUUCCCUGGUCCAUUCCACUGGAACCGUUACUUUCACAGACUUCUUCCUGAUGAUCAUGUUGUGUUGCUGCUGUAAACUCGGAAGAUGAGAUUAAAGGUCAGCGGAACCAUCAGUGGCUGAUGUCGGCACCAUUGCUCACACUUCAGCUGAACCCAACACCAAAGAGCUCCGGUUCCUCUAAUAUCCAGAUUUAGUUUCA